CGGGCGGAUCUCGUAAACAUACAAGACCAAUUUCACAUACUUAAAUUGUUAAUGUGUGUAAAUAUUUGUUUUAAUUGCUAGUGGCCUUGUCGUAGGAAAACUAGCAGCGUGUUCUUCAAAAAGCUCAACACAAUGCCUCGAAGAGGAUCUAGUCCUUCAAGAGUUUCGUCUCGUCCACGUGCAAAUUUGCCAGCUCGUGCACCUCCAUCUGCUGUUGCACAGCCUCCAGCACAACCGCGACAGCCAGGUUUAAUGGGACAGAUGGCAGCUACAGCCGGGGGUGUAGCUAUUGGUUCAGUUGUUGGUCACGCUGUUACGGGAGCAUUGUCAGGUGGAUUGGGUGGCAAUCCUGCUCAGCCUGCCCAGAUAUCCUCAACUUUGGAUCAAUCUCAAUCUCCAUGUCAAUACCAUGUCGAUGAACUUAUUCGAUGCGCUCAAUCUCAAAGUGAUAUAAGUGCUUGCAGUGGCUUCUCUGAAGCUCUAAAAGAAUGCAGUCGCCAGUACGGAUUAUACCAUUAGCUUAAUUCACGAGUACUUGAAAACUCGAUUUGGUAGUUUCACUUUAGUCCCAUUCUGGUUGGAACCAUUUUCAGUUUGUGUUCAAAAUAGAUUGUCAUGUCGCUA